AUGUCUGACAACGUUGAAAGACACAACUCCACUCGUUGGGCAAGGGCCUCAGUCCCAAAUUACGGGGAUGAAUGGGGAGAUGAAUACGACUAUGAUGAGCACGACGAAGAUCAAGUCGAAAAGAGUUACAGACAGCUCCACAACUUAUCGUCUCACGAAGAAGAACCUGAAUUGGAGGAAAAUGUUCAAACUGGGCAUGAAUCUUCUCAAAGGAUUGUUGUAGAUGAUAAUCACGUUCAAAAUGCCUCGUCUCCUCAAAGUAGCAGAACUCAGGAAGAACCAUUACGUGUCCCUGGGGAAAACUUGGUACUCUCCAUUGACAAUUUCAGGUCUAGACAGGAUUCCGAUAGUUCGGAUGAUGAAGACUUUGGAAUUGAGCCGAUCCCUGAGGAGGUAUUGAGACAGCAGGCUAAUAAAGAGGAAGGCCUGGGAUAUAAAGAACAGGGAGAACAAGAAGUAGGAGAGGAAGAGCAGAAGUCAGACGUUAAGAACUUGCCAAGUAUACCAAGUGAGCAAUCCAGUUCGCAUCCACAGGUAGCGCAACACAAGGCAAUUGAUAACCGAAUACGCUCCAGCUUUGAAGAUCAUAUCAUGCCACCUACUCCGACGUAUAAUAACCACUUUACUCCAGAGACACCCCAGUCGGAAAGAAGCUUUGCCUCAGAUACUGACUCCAUUCAAAAGGAAAGCGACUUGAAUGUGAUAAGAGCCUCGUCGAGGAAGAGACCACCUGAACCAAUGAACGAAGCUGACUAUAAUGUAGUCGAUGUACAUAAGCACGAUACUAUAAAUGAAAAGUCACAACGUCAGAAUGAGGAGGAGGAAGAUGUAUUGCCAAGAGAACCCGCUGGAGCUGCUGCCUCCGUGCAUGAUACCCUGGAUUCUUCAGAUAGACACCUCACCACUUCGAGUUCAGGACCCACCUCUCCCAUCUCCGAAGCCCCUACUCCAUUGGUGCUUUCAAUUGAUAACAAGGACCUUAACGAUUCUGACUCUGACUCCGAUGAUGAUGAUGAUUGGGGAUACAAUGCAAAUAAUGCGUCCAAUUCUGAUUCUGAUGACGAUGACGAUGACAAAAAAGGAGACGGGUGGAGCUUCAAGAGUAAAAGUAGUGAUGUCAAUAAAUCGCAAGAAGAUGUAGAAAUUGCAAAUACCUCAUCAAAGGGAAAGGAUAUAGACAACCUAAUCGACGAUCUCCAAAACAAUUCGCUUAUAAUUGAUGAAGGUGAGUCUUCUGAUGGAUACCUUCCAUCGAUUACACCAGCUCAAGAUACCGAAUUGCCAGAUUUCAGCAAUUAUGAUGCUCGUGAUAGCGAUAGCAAGGCAUUAGAUGACGAUAAAGAACUUGAUAGUAGCAAGGAUGUGAGCCCAUUACCAACAGAGCCUUUAACUAUUUCACACAAAGGUUCAAUCAGGAAACCUCCUCCUGGGAGAGUUGACUUGGUAUCUGUUGACUACUCUAAUAUUGCAGAUGCCGUCAGAGACUACUUAAGUGAUGAAGAGCAGCAGCAAAACGAGAAACUUAACGAUAUAGAUGAAGAUAACGAGUCGUUGGCGCUUCAACCUACAGAAUCCUCGGGAUCAUUGUCUACUGGCAAGUUUUCAUUCGCUCCCUCACAUCUGUCUGGAACUCAGUUCAAUGAAAUCAAGUCAGCGGCUCUUCCAUCAUUACCAACUCAUCAGCAUGGCAGCCAAUUCAAUGAAAUUAAGACUACCGGUCUCCCAUCCUUGCCGCCUCAACCUGACUCUGCAGGUGCUAGUAGCAGUGUUUACAGUAGUGUUAACCCAUCCCCUAUUGAUUUUAUGCCACCAAGGUCUUUUGAUAAGAGUGAUUUAUCAAGAAGAGAUUCUACUAUGACUACGAACACUUUCAACAUGGGAGCUUGGCAACCAAAUACAAAUAAUUUUAGGGAUCAGUUCAUCAGUGAUAAUGAAAACGAUGGAAGAAUGAGUUAUAACCCUGUCUUGUAUGACAAGGAAACAGCUGCUAACUACAACAAGUUUACACAAUUGGGCGAGGUAAAUGAAGCUGAAUCGGAUGAGGAAAAUGAUAGAACGCAAGAUAAUUUUCACGAUAACCAUUCGAGCAAUCUGGACCUUUCAAUCCCUGAUACAAUAGAUGCUGCCUUGCCACGGGUUCCUGAUGAAGAUGAAGAUGAGGAUGAGGACGAAGAAGGGGAUGCAAACAUUAGUAAAAUAAACAAAAUCAAGACUGUGGAUACUCUUGAUUCCAAACCUUUAUCAUCAGGAACUUUUGGUGAGUCUGUGUUGAAAGAUCCACCACAUUCUAAAGGAUUGUUCAAGGAAGAGAAAGUGACUCCUAUGUCAUCCAUGCUAGAUGUAGGGAAUAGUUCUGGAAAAGAAUCUAGCGCCACCACUCUCAAGGAAUCUGGUGAAACUGAAAAUGGCGGCCAGAGAGUUGUAAGUAAGAGUUCAACUAAAUCAAACAACACAGUUGUUGGGGGCGCAUACCCUCCGUAUGAUUGGAAGAAUAUAAUGUCCAAAUCUCAGAGUAUAGAUAGAAUUCGAUUAUUGAAAGAUGCUUCAGCGUUAGAAUCGGAAUAUGACUCAGGUUUAAACCAUUGGCUAAGUGCAACAUUGAAAAUGUCCGAAGAAUCUCCAACUAUUCAUAUUGGAAAGAUUGCUACAGCUGUCUAUCAAAAUGCUCCUCAUAGUGAUAUAAGGAGACAUAAUUCGUUAAGAACUACACUUUCUAUUGUGAAGGAUAAGGUUGAGACGUCGGGAAUGCAAACAUCUUCACUUGGGAAGAGAUUUUUUCAUAGAAGUAAGAAGUUUAUCAAGUCAAGCGAUUAG